AUGCUCCGUGCCCCCUACUUCAUGCCCUUGCUGCUACUGCUGCUGCUGCUCUCACUUCCCCACACCCAGGCCACCUUUCCCCGGGAUCCCCUCCCUCUGCUGAUCUCUGACCUGCAAGGUACUUCCCCAUUAUCCUGGUUCCGGGGCCUGGAGGAGGAUGCUGUGGUUGCAGAACUUGGGCUUGACUUCCAGAAAUUCCUGACCUUGAACCGGACCUUGCUAGUGGCUGCCCGGGAUCAUGUUUUCUCCUUCGAUCUACAAGCUCAAGAAGAAGGGGAGGGACUGGUGCCCAACAAGUAUCUAACAUGGAGGAGCCAAGACAUGGAGAACUGCGCUGUUCGGGGGAAGCUGACGGACGAGUGCUACAACUACAUCCGUGUUCUCGUUCCCUGGGACUCGCAGACACUCCUUGCUUGUGGAACGAACUCAUUCAGCCCCGUGUGCCGCAGCUAUGGGAUAACUUCGCUGCAGCAGGAGGGUGAAGAGCUGAGUGGGCAGGCUCGAUGCCCCUUUGAUGCCACCCAGUCCAACGUAGCUGUCUUUGCAGAGGGCAGCCUGUAUUCAGCCACAGCUGCGGAUUUCCAGGCCAGUGAUGCUGUAGUUUACAGAAGCCUUGGCCCUCAGCCCCCACUCCGCUCAGCCAAGUACGACUCCAAGUGGCUCCGAGAGCCACACUUUGUCCAUGCCUUGGAGCAUGGAGACCAUGUCUACUUCUUCUUCCGAGAGGUCUCUGUGGAGGACACCCGGCUGGGGAGGGUACAGUUCUCCCGUGUGGCCCGUGUGUGUAAGCGUGACAUGGGUGGCUCACCUCGGGCCUUGGACCGUCAUUGGACUUCCUUCCUGAAGCUUCGGCUCAACUGCUCUGUCCCUGGGGAUGCUGCCUUCUAUUUUGACGUCUUACAGGCCUUGACUGGGCCUGUGAACUUGUAUGGCCGCCCUGCUCUCUUUGGGGUCUUCAGCACCCAGACCAAUAGCAUCCCUGGCUCUGCAGUCUGUGCCUUCUACCUGGAUGAUAUUGAACGUGGGUUUGAGGGCAAGUUCAAGGAGCAGAGGAGUUCGGAUGGGGCCUGGACCCCUGUGUCUGAGGACAGGGUCCCCUCCCCCAGGCCAGGAUCCUGUGCAGGAGUGGGUGUAGCUGCCUUAUUCCCCUCUUCUCGAGAUCUCCCUGAUGAUGUCCUGACUUUCAUCAAGGCUCACCCACUGCUGGACCCCACUGUGCCACCUGCCACCCACCAGCCUCUCCUUACCCUCACCAGCAGGGCCCUACUGACCCAGGUAGCUGUGGAUGGCACGGCUGGUCCCUAUAGUAACACCACAGUCCUGUUCCUUGGCUCCAAUGAUGGGACAGUGCUGAAGGUGCUGCCCCCAGGGGGACCAUCUGGAGGACGGGAGCCCAUCCUGUUGGAAGAGAUCAAUGCCUACAGCCCCUCCCGGUGCAGUGGGAAGCGGGCGGCCCAAACAGCACGGCAGGUGAUAGGGCUGGAGCUGGACACUGAAGGUCACCGGCUCUUUGUGGCUUUUUCUGGCUGCAUCAUCUACCUCCCUCUCAGCCGGUGUGCCCGGCAUGGGGCCUGUCGGAGGAGCUGUUUGGCUUCUCAGGACCCAUACUGUGGAUGGCAUAGCUCCAGAGGCUGUGUGGAUAUCAGGGGACCUCGUGGGACUGAUGUGGAUCCAGCUGGGAACCAGGAAUCCAUGGAGCAUGGUGACUGCCAAGACGGAGCUACCGGGAGUCAGUCUGGCACAGGGAACUCUGCUUAUGGCGUGCGCAGUGACCUCCCCGCAGCCUCAGCCUCCCGCUCGGUCCCCAUCCCACUGCUCCUGGCCUGUGUGGCCGCAGCCUUCGCCCUGGGCGCCUUAGUCUCCGGCCUUCUGGUCUCCUGCGCUUGUCGCCGCGCCCACCGACAUCGGAGCAAGGACAUGGAGACCCCCGGGCUCCCGCGCCCCCUCUCCCUUCGCAGCUUGGCCCGGUUGCACGGGCCGGGCCCAGAGCCGCCGCCGCCCUCCAAGGAGGGAGACCCCGCGCUGACGCCCCAGCUCUACACCACUUUCCUGCCUCCUCCCGAGGCCGGGUCCCCGCCGGACCUGGCCUGCCUGCCCACCCCGGAGUCCACGCCCGAGCUGCCCGUCAAGCACCUCCGCAACGCAGGGGGCCCCUGGGAGUGGAACCAGAAUGGGAACAACGCCAAGGAGGCCCCGGGCCCCGCGCGUGGGAACGCGGCCGGCGGCUCGGCGCCCCGCGUGCUGGUGAGGCCGCCGCCGCGCGGCUGCCCGGGGCAGGCGGUGGAGGUGACCACCCUGGAGGAACUGCUGCGCUACCUGCACGCCCCGCAGCCAGCCCGGAGGGGUGCCGAGCCCCUAGGCCCCCUGACCCCGCGGGCGCUCCCCCUGGAGCCCGCCCCGGCCCCCACCCUUUUGGCCGGCUCCAGCCUUCUGCCCCGGGAACGCGCCCCCCCACUGCGGCUGGACGUGCCCCCAGACGGGCAGUGCCCGAUGCCCCCCGGCCGGCCGGUCCCCGCUCCCCGGCUGGGGGUGGGCGGCAGCCGGAGGCUGCCCUUCUCCUCCCACCGGGCGCCCCCCACCCUGCUCACUCGUGUCCCCUCGGGAGGCCCUUCUCGGUACUCCGGGAGACACCUGUACCUGGGCCGCCCCGAGGGCUACCGGGGCCGCACCCUGAAGAGAGUGGACAUGGAGAAGCCCCAGCUGCCCCCGAAGCUGCCCCCGGUCGCGCCCUCCGCCCCGCUGGCCGUCCCCGGCGGCAGCCAUUUUAACUUGUAAAGGAAGCCGCUCCGCUUCGGCCGCGAGCGCGGACUGGUCUCCAAGGCCAGGCCACCCCUCCCGGGUCCCACACCUCCGGCCUUCCCGGACUCAGUCCCCGGGGCCCUGCCCGCCUCGGGCUUAUUUAUUGACUGUCUUCCCCGCUGUCCCCUCAGGAGAGGAGUGGGAGGCGAGAAGCCCGCCCCUCAGUGAGCCAGCCUUUUUGGAGGGGCUGCGCUCUCCCACUCCCCCACCUCAGCCAAGCUGCCUUAACUCGCCCCUCGGGGCUUCCUCCCUGGACUGGGCCCCGGGCGGGCCGCAGGCGGGCGGACGGAC